AUGGUUGUUGACGAUGGACACGACCUACCCGACAAUCCCAUUGAAUAUGGAUGCCACGUGACCAGCGUCGUUGCAGGCAAGCCCUGCCCGUCCUACUACAAACUCGAAUGGAGACUGGCUGCCAAUCCGCAUUUUGACGGGCCAGUUUUCGGCUACCCGAUGGCCUUCUUCACUACAAGCCUCGAAAUUAACAAAAAGACCGGAAAACCGGGGCUACCGGAAUCGAGUAUCUACCCCUGUAAGGCGCCCUUAAACAGUGUCCAUUGGCGCUGCAAAUUGCCAAUGGAGCAAUUCAACGAGGGAUACGAGAUGUUUGAGGUGUUCAAGAAACGGUCAGUUUUCAGAGCAGAAGCAAAUCUCUUCCGUACGCACGUCAAACACGCGCCAGAGAAUCGUCGCGUCAUAUCACCACCCCCGCACCGCCGGUUGGCUAUGAAAGAUGGUAUG